AGGGCUGCGUGGUGCUGGUGGUGCUGCUGCCGAGGAGCUGGCGCUGAGACAGCCACCGGGAGGGACGCGCCAGCCCUCCCCUGCUCUCCUCUCCUCUCUUCUCCUCUCCUCGCCUCCCCUCUCCUCUCCCCGAGCUGCUGCCACACUUGGUUCAUUCCAGCUGCAGAAGCUCAGAGCCUUCCAUGCGGUGGGAUUUUUUUUCCCCUCUCCUCCUCCCGGGCUGAAAAAAUUCAGGGAAAAAAAAAAAACCAAAAAACCCCAAAAAAAACCAACCCAAAAGAAAUCAAAAUCACAAGCCUGACCCGCUUCCCCCUCACCUCCUCCCCCUCCUGCUGCCUUUCUCCUCUUCAUCCAGCCGAGCCGAGGACUAUCCCAAUCGCCGAGGGGAAGGAAAAAAGGGGGAAAAACCCAACAGCGGCGACCAGCAGAGCCCCAGCACGCCCCGUUCCUGCUGCUGCCCUUUGACAUGCAACCUUCCCUGGGAUGGGACCGGCCGGGAUGCAGCUGCGGCUUCGGCGGGCACUGGUGGAAAUUUGGGAUCGCGGCUCUCAUGACGGCGGAGGGGAGCGCCUGGAGCCGGGCGCUGCUGCUCUCCCUGGGGCUGCUGGCUGGAUCGGCCAUGGCCCAGAACUGCAGUCACACAUUGCAGGGCCCAAACGGGACAAUCCAGAGCCCAGGCUUUCCCUAUGGAUACCCCAAUUAUGCAAACUGCACGUGGACAAUCACUGCUGAGGAGCAGAACAGGAUACAGCUUGUUUUCCAGUCCUUUGCAUUAGAGGAAGAUUUUGAUGUAUUAUCCAUCUACGAUGGGCUGCCUCAGCAGGGGAAUCUGAGAACGAGGCUGACAGGAUUCCAGCUGCCUGCUCCCAUCGUCAGCAGUGGCCUGGUGCUGUCCCUGUGGCUCGUCAGUGACUACGCCGUCAGUGCCCAAGGCUUCCAGGCCAGCUACGAGGCCCUGCCCAGCCACACGUGCGGGAACCCGGGGCGGCUGCGGAACGGGGUCCAGCAAGGAACCACCUUCAGCAUCGGGGACCGGGUCAGGUACAGCUGCAACCCCGGGUUCUUCCUGGAGGGCCACGCCCUGCUCACCUGCCAGGCCAGCUCGGGACACGGAGCCUCCUGGGAUUUCCCUCUCCCCGUCUGCAGAGCCGACGACGCCUGCGGGGGGACCCUGCGGGGCCAGAGCGGGAUCAUCUCCAGCCCUCACUUCCCCCUGGAGUACGGCAACAAUGCAGACUGCACCUGGACCAUCCUGGCCGAGCCUGGCGACACCAUUGCCCUGGUUUUCAUGGAUUUUCAGCUGGAGGAUGGAUACGAUGUUCUGGAAGUUGCUGGCACGGAGGGAUCCUCGCUCUGGUUCACCGGGAUGAAUUUGCCAGCCCCUGUGAUCAGCAGCAAAAAUUGGCUGCGGCUGCACUUCACCUCCGAUGGCAACCACAGGCAGAAGGGCUUCAGUGCCCAGUACCAAGUCAAGAAGCAGAUGGAGCUGAAGUCCAGAGGGGUGAAGCUCAUGCCCAGCAAGGACAACAACCAGAAGACAUCUGUGUUAACUCAGGUUGGUGUGUCCCAGGGACAUAAUUUGUGUCCAGACCCUGGGAUUCCCGAGAGAGGCAAAAGGAUAGGCAACGAUUUUAGGCUGGGCUCCAGCAUCCAGUUCUCCUGCAACGAGGGCUACGACCUGCAGGGCUCCAAGAGCAUCACCUGCAAGAGAGUCAGCGACAUCAUCGUGGCCUGGAGCGACCACCGGCCCGUCUGCAGAGGUCAUCCUUUUGGCCAGGUGAUCAAACUCACCUUCGAGGAAUUCGAGCUGGAGAGAGGCUACGACACGCUGACAGUGGGGGAUGGAGGCCAGGUCGGAGACCAAAAAACUGUUCUUUACGUCCUGACGGGCACCACGGUCCCCGACCUCAUCGUCAGCACCCAGCACCAGAUGUGGCUCCUCUUCCAGACCGACAGCGUCAGCAACCUGCUGGGCUUCAAAGCCACCUAUGAAGAGAUCGACCAGGGCAGCUGUGGUGACCCCGGCGUGCCCGCCUUCGGCCACAGAGAAGGCUCCACCUUCCGCCACGGGGACACUCUGCACUUCGAGUGCCAGCCUGCCUUCGAGCUGAAGGGCCACAAAAGCAUAACCUGCCAAAAGAGCAGCCAGUGGUCUGCUCAGAAACCUGUGUGUGUUUUUUCCUGCUUUUUCAACUUCACCAGCCCGUCGGGGAUCGUGCUGUCCCCGAACUACCCCGAGGAGUACGGGAGCAGCCUGCACUGCGUGUGGCUCAUCAUCGCCAACCCCGAGAGCAGGAUCCACCUGGCCUUCAACGACUUCGACGUGGAGCCCCAGUUCGACUUCCUGGCCGUCAAGGACGGGGGCACGGCCGAGUCGCCCGUGCUGGGCACCUUCUCAGGGAGCCACAUCCCCUCCUCGCUGACCAGCAGUGGCCAUGUGGCCAGGCUGGAGUUCCAGACUGACCACUCCAUGGAGAAGAGAGGCUUCAACAUCACCUUCACCACGUUCCGGCACAACGAGUGCCCGGACCCCGGCGUGCCGGUGAACGGGAAGCGCUUUGGGGACAGCCUGCAGCUGGGCAGCUCCGUGUCCUUCCUGUGUGACGAGGGCUUCAUCCGCACCCACGGCGCCGAGACCGUCACCUGCGUCCUGCAGGAGGGCAACGUGGUGUGGGACAACGCCGUGCUCCGCUGCGAAGCACCCUGUGGGGGCCACCUGACAUCACCCAGUGGAACCAUCCUGUCCCCAGGCUGGCCUGGCUUCUACAAGGACUCGCUGAGCUGUGCCUGGGUCAUCGAGGCCCAGCCAGGCUACCCCAUCAAGAUCACCUUUGACAGGUUCAAGACAGAGGUGAAUUAUGACACCCUGGAGGUGCGGGACGGCCGCUCCUACUCCUCUCCCCUGAUUGGGGUCUACGAUGGCACCCAGGUGCCCCAGUUCCUGAUCAGCACCAGCAACCACCUCUACCUCCUGUUCACCACGGACAAGAGCCACUCCGACAUCGGCUUCCAGAUCCGAUACGAGACUGUGAAGCUGCAGUCCGACCACUGCCUGGACCCGGGCAUCCCGGUGAACGGGCAGCGCCACGGCAACGAUUUCUACGUGGGAGCCCUGGUGAGGUUCAGCUGCGACCCUGGCUACACCCUGAGCGACGGCGAGGCCCUGGAGUGCGAGCCCAACUUCCAGUGGAGCCGGCCCCUGCCCAGCUGCGAGGCUCUCUGUGGGGGCUACAUCCGUGGCUCCAGUGGCACCAUCCUCUCCCCAGGCUUCCCUGAUUUUUAUCCCAACAACUUGAACUGCACGUGGACAAUAGAAACAUCCCAUGGGAAAGGUGUGUUCUUCACCUUCCACACGUUCCACCUGGAGAAUGGCCACGAUUACCUGCUGAUCACGGAGAACUCCAGCUUUGCCCAGCCCCUGAAGCAGCUGACGGGCUCCCAGCUGCCGGCCCCGCUCAGCGCGGGACUCUUUGGGAACUUCUCGGCCCAGAUCCGCUUCAUCUCCGACUUCUCCAUGUCCUAUGAGGGCUUCAACAUCACUUUCUCAGAAUACGACCUGGAGCCGUGUGACGAGCCAGAAGUGCCAGCCUACAGCAUCAGGAAGGGGCUGCAGUUCGGCGUGGGGGACGUGCUGAGCUUCUCCUGCUUCCCGGGGUACCGGCUGGAGGGAGCGGCCCGGAUCACCUGCCUGGGCGGGAGACGGCGUGUGUGGAGUUCGCCUCUGCCAAGGUGUGUUGCCGAGUGUGGCUCGUCGGUGACAGGAACCCAGGGUGUGCUGCUGUCCCCCAACUACCCCCUGAACUACAACAACAACCACGAGUGCAUCUACUCCAUCCAGAGCCAGCCUGGGAAAGGCAUCCAGCUGAAAGCCAGGACCUUCGAGCUGGAGGCAGGAGAUGUCCUCAAGGUCUACGAUGGCACCAACAGCUCUGCCCGGCUGCUGGGCACCUUCAGCCGCUCAGAGCUGCUGGGCACCAGCAUCAACAGCACCUCCAGCUCCAUGUGGCUGGAGUUCAUCACCGACACUGCCAACACCAGCAAAGGCUUCGAGCUGCAGUUCUCCAGUUUCGAGCUCAUCAAGUGCGAGGACCCCGGCAUCCCCCAGUUUGGGUACAAGGUGCACGACGAGGGACACUUCGCUGGCAGCUCGGUGUCCUUCAGCUGCGACCCUGGCUACACCCUGAGGGGCACCAGGGUGCUGGUGUGCCUGACAGGGGAGAGGAGGGCCUGGGACCAGCCCCUGCCAACCUGCGUGGCUGAGUGCGGAGGGACAAUCAGAGGAGAGGCCUCAGGACGGAUCCUCUCCCCAGGAUAUCCAACUCCCUACGACCACAACCUCAACUGCAUCUGGACCAUCGAGGCAGAGCCCGGAUGCACCAUUGGGCUCCACUUCAUGGUUUUCCACACCGAGGAGUUCCAUGACGUGCUGCGGAUCUGGGACGGGCCGGUGGAGAACGGGAUCCUGCUGAAGGAGAUGAGCGGCUCGGGGCUGCCUGGGGACAUCCACAGCACCUUCAACUCUGUCAUCCUGCAGUUCAACACCGACUUCUUCACCAGCAAACAGGGCUUUGCCAUCCAGUUCUCAGUUUCCACAGCCACCUCCUGCAACGACCCAGGAAUCCCCCAGAACGGGAGCCGGAGCGGGGACAGCAAAGAGGCCGGGGACUCCAUCACCUUCCAGUGCAACCCCGGCUACGCCCUGCAAGGGGAGGCCCAGAUCACCUGUGUGCAGAUCGAGAACAGGUUCUUCUGGCAGCCAGACCCGCCCACCUGCACAGCUCCGUGUGGCGGGACCCUGACGGGCCCGGCUGGGGUGAUCCUGUCCCCGCAGUACCCGGAGCCGUAUCCCCCGGGGAAGGAGUGCGACUGGAAGCUGACGGUGUCCCCCGACUACGUCAUUGCCCUGGUGUUCAACGUCUUCAGCCUGGAGCCUGGCUAUGAUUUCCUGCACAUCUACGACGGGCCUGACUCCCUGAGCCCCCUGAUUGGGAGUUUUUAUGGCUCCCAGCUCCCAGAAAGGAUCGAGAGCAGCAGCAACAGCCUUUUCCUGGCGUUCCGGAGCGACGCCUCCGUCAGCAACGCCGGCUUCGUCAUCGAGUACACAGAGAACCCCCGGGAGUCCUGCUUUGACCCGGGGUCCAUCAAGAACGGCACCAGGGUGGGCACGGACCUGAAGCUGGGCUCCACCAUCACCUUCUACUGUGAUGGGGGCUACGACAUCGAGGGGGGCCCCACCCUCACCUGUGUCAUGGGAGGGGAUGGAAAACCCACCUGGAACAAGCCUCGUCCCACCUGUACAGCUCCCUGUGGAGGACAGUACACAGGCUCAGAUGGAGUGGUCCUGUCCCCAAAUUAUCCCCAAAACUACACCAGUGGCCAGGUGUGCCUGUACUCCAUCGUCGUGCCCAAGGACUAUGUGCUCUUCGGGCAGUUUGCCUUUUUCCAGACGGCGCUCAAUGACGUGGUGGAGGUGCACGAUGGCCCCACGCAGCACUCACGGCUGCUCAGCUCCCUCUCAGGCUCUCACUCAGGGGAAUCUCUGCCAUUGGCCACCACCAACCAGAUCCUCAUCAAAUUCAGCUCCAAGGGUCAAUCCACAGCCAAAGGUUUUCAUUUUGUCUACCAAGCCGUGCCCCGCACCAGCGCCACGCAGUGCAGCUCGGUGCCGGAGCCGAGGCACGGCCGGCGCCUGGGCAGCGACUUCGCCGUGGGCGCCGUGGUGCGCUUCGAGUGCAGCCCCGGCUACGGCCUGCGAGGCUCCCCGGCCAUCCAGUGCCUGGCCAUGCCCGGGGCCCUGGCACAGUGGAACUCCUCCGUCCCCACCUGCGUGGUGCCCUGCGGGGGGAACCUGACAGAGAGGAAAGGAACCAUCCUGUCCCCAGGCUUCCCUGAGCCCUACCUGAACAGCCUCAACUGCGUGUGGAAGAUCACAGUGCCCGAGGGAGCAGGGAUCCAGAUCCAGGUGAUCAGCUUUGUCACGGAGCAGAACUGGGAUUCCCUGGAAGUGUUUGAUGGAGGAGACAACACAGCCACCAUGCUGGGGAGCUUCUCUGGAACCACAGUGCCUGCGCUGCUCAACAGCACUUCAAACCAGCUCUAUCUGCAUUUCUAUUCCGACAUCAGCGUCUCCGCUGCCGGCUUUCACCUGGAAUACAAAAGUAAGAGCAGCUCCAGCCUUGAUCCCGCAGCUCCUGGAGAUGUUCUCUCCCUUGUUUUCCAUCCACUUCCCAAACCUUUGUGUUGUUUUCCAUCCCUGCAGGGCCACUCCCACAUCUCCUGCAUGCCGGGCACGGUGCGCCGCUGGAAUUACCCUCCACCCAAAAAAAACGCCCAGUGUGGAGGAACAGCAGAAGAGAUGGAAGGAGUGCUCCUGAGCCCAGGCUUCCCAGGAAAUUAUCCCAGCAACCUGGACUGCACGUGGAGGAUCCUGCUGCCAGUGGGGUUCGGUGCCCACAUCCAGUUCCUGAACUUCUCCACGGAGCCCAACCACGACUUUGUGGAGAUCCGGAACGGGCCCUACGACACCAGCAGCGUCAUCGGGCGCUUCAGCGGCGCCGAGCUGCCCGGCUCCCUCCUGUCCACCUCCCACGAAACCACGGUCUACUUCCACAGCGACCACUCCCAGAACAAACCCGGCUUCAAGCUGGAGUACCAAGCCUACGAGCUGCAGGAAUGCCCCGACCCGGAGCCUUUUGCCAACGGGGUGGUGAGAGGAGCUGGCUACAACGUCGGCCAGUCCAUCUCCUUCGAGUGCCUGCCUGGCUACCAGCUGAUCGGCCACCCCGUGCUGACGUGCCAGCACGGCACCAACAGGAACUGGGACCACCCCCUGCCCAGGUGUGAAGUGCCUUGUGGGGGCAAUGUCACUGCCCAGAAUGGGACAAUUUACUCUCCUGGCUUCCCCAACCAGUACCCAAAUUCCCAGGAUUGCACCUGGCUCCUGACAGUGCCCGUGGGCUAUGGGAUCCACCUGAAUUUCACCCUGCUGCAGACAGAGCCCUACAACGACUUCAUCACCGUCUGGGAUGGGCCCCAGCAAACCUCCCCUCAGCUGGGGGUGUUCACAGGCAACUCGGCCAAGAAAUCUGCCCAGAGCUCCUCCAACCAGGUCCUGCUGAAGUUCCACAGCGACGCCGCCAACGGAGGCAUCUUCGCCAUCUACUUCUACGCUUUCCAGCUUUUCCGCUGCCAGCCUCCCACCAUGGUUCCCAACGCCGAGAUCAUCACGGAGAACGAGGAGUUCAACAUCGGUGACAUCGUCAGGUACCGCUGCCUCCCCGGCUUCACCCUGAUUGGGAACGAAAUCCUCACCUGCAAACUGGGCACCCACCUGCAGUUUGAGGGACCCCCACCCACCUGUGAAGUGCACUGCCCCAUGAACCAGCUGAUGACGGAUUCCACGGGGGUGAUCCUGAGCCAGAGCUUCCUGGGAAGUUACCCCCACUUCCAGACCUGCUCCUGGGUGGUGAAGGUGGAGCCGGGCUACAACAUCUCCCUCACCAUCGAGUACUUCCUCAGCGAGAAGCAGUUUGAUGAGUUUGAAAUCUUUGAUGGUCCCUCUGGGCAGAGCCCCCUGCUGCUGUCCCUGAGUGGGAAUUACUCGGCCCCUCUGACGGUCACCAGCAGCGGGAACAGCGUUUUCCUGCGCUGGUCCUCCGACCACGCCUACAACAGGAAAGGCUUCAAAAUCCGCUACUCCGCUCCCUACUGCAGCCUCCCGCAGCCCCCGGCGCACGGGAUGAUCCUGAGCCACUCCGGGCUGCGCCCCGGCAGCUCCGUGCGCUUCGGCUGCGACGCCGGCUACCGCCUGGUGGGACACAGCACCACCACCUGCAGCCAGCACCCCCAGGGCCACUUCCACUGGAGGGAAGCCACCCCGCUGUGCCAAGCUCUCUCCUGUGGGGUUCCCAAAGCUCCAAGGAACGGGGUUGUUUUUGGGAAGGAGUACACGGUGGGCACCAAGGCCGUGUACCAGUGCAACCAGGGCUUCCAGCUGCAGCCGGGCGCCCAGCCCAGCGCCGAGUGCCUGCAGGACGGCGUCUGGAGCAACGGGGACCAGCCCCCUCUGUGCCUGGCCGUGACGUGCCCCGACGUGGGCAGCAUCGCGGUGGAGCACGGCCGCUGGCGCCUCACCUACGAGGUGCACUACCACUACAACGCCCAGCUGAUGCUCAUCUGCGACCCUGGCUACUACUACACGGGCCAGAGGGUGAUCAGCUGCCAGGCCAACGGCACCUGGAGCAUCGGGCAGCCCGUGCCCACCUGUAAAAUUAUCUCCUGUGGGGACCUGCCCACCCCUCCCAACGGGAACAAGAUCGGGACGCUCACCAGUUACGGGGCCACUGCCAUCUUCUCCUGCAACACUGGCUACACCCUGGUGGGCUCCCGGGUCCGGGAGUGCAUGGCCAACGGGCUCUGGAGCGGGGCUGAGGUCCGGUGCCUGGCCGGGCACUGCGGCGUGCCCAGCCCCAUCGUGAACGGGCAGAUCAACGGCGAGAACUACAACUACCGGGGCAGCGUGGUGUACCAGUGCCAACCCGGCUUCCGCCUCAUCGGCAUGUCCGUGCGCAUCUGCCAGCAGGACCACCGCUGGUCCGGGAAGACGCCUGUCUGUGUGCCCAUCACCUGUGGCCACCCUGGCAACCCACCCAACGGCCUCACCCAGGGCUCCCAGUUCAACCUCAACGACGUGGCCAAAUUCCAGUGCAACCCCGGCUUCCGCCUGGAGGGAGCUUCCCAAUCCCAGUGCCUGGCCAACGGCCAGUGGAGCAGCACCCUGCCCUCCUGCCGAGUUGUGAACUGUUCUGACCCCGGGCACCUGGAAAACAGCGUCCGGCAAGUGCAGCCGAGCGGCCCCCACAGGUUCAGCUUCGGCACCACCGUGUCCUAUCAGUGCAUCCACGGAUUUUAUUUGUUGGGAUCACACGUCCUGACGUGCCAGGGCGAUGGCACGUGGGACAGAGCCCUCCCCCAGUGCCUUUUGGUGUCGUGUGGCCACCCCGGGUCCCCUCCCCACGCACAGAUCUCGGGGGACAAGCACACGGUGGGCUCCGUGGUCAGGUACAGCUGCCUGGGCAGGCGCACGCUGGUCGGCAAUGCCACGCGGAUGUGCCAGCUGGACGGGCGCUGGAGCGGCUCCCUGCCGCACUGCUCGGGGGGCAGCCAGGGCGUGUGCGGCGACCCCGGGAUCCCUUCCCACGGGAUUGGGCUGGGGGACGCCUUCGACGUGGGCAGCGUGGUGAGGUUCAGCUGCGAGCCCGGCUACACCCUGCGGGGCUCCUCCGAGAGGACCUGCCACGCCAACGGCUCCUGGAGCGGCACGCAGCCGGAAUGCGAAGUGAUCUCCUGCGGGAAUCCCGGGACGCCCAGCAACGCCAGGGUGAUCUUCAACGACGGCCUGGUGUUCUCCAGCUCCAUCAUCUACCAGUGCAGGGAAGGGUUUUAUUCCACAGGGGUGCUGAGCAGGCACUGCACCGUCAACGGCACCUGGACCGGGACCAGCCCCGAGUGCACUGUGAUCAACUGUGGCGACCCCGGCGUGCCGGCCAACGGGCUCAGGCUGGGCAGCGACUUCACCUACAACAAAUCCGUGGUGUUCCAGUGCACUCCUGGCUUCAUGAUGGAGUCAGACAGAGCAGCUGCCCUCACCUGCACCAAGGACCGCACCUGGAACGGCACCAAACCCGUCUGCAAGGCCAUCACCUGCAGGGCUCCCCAGGCCAUUCCCAACGGGAAGGUGGUGGGAUCAGAUUUCAGCUGGGGUUCCAGCAUCAGCUACGCCUGCCUCGAGGGCUACCAGCUGUCCCUGCCCGCCGUGCUCACCUGCGAGGGCAACGGCUCCUGGAGCGGGGAGAUCCCCCAGUGCUUCCCCGUGUUCUGUGGGGACCCGGGGACCCCGGCCCAGGGCAGGCGGGAGGACCGAGGCUUCACCUACCGCUCGUCCGUGUCCUUCUCCUGCCUGGCCCCGCUGGUGCUGGUGGGGUCGGCGCGGAGGUUCUGCCAGUCCGACGGCACCUGGAGCGGGACCCAGCCCAGCUGCAUCGAUCCCAGCCUCACAACGUGUGCAGAUCCUGGAGUGCCUCUUUUUGGGAUGCAGAACAAUUCCCAGGGAUACCAGGUGGGAAGCAUCCUGUUCUUCAGGUGCCAGAAGGGAUACCUCCUGCAGGGCUCCACCACCAGGACCUGCCUGCCCAACCUCACCUGGAGCGGCGUCCAGCCCGACUGCGUCCCCCACCACUGCAAGCAGCCCGAGACCCCAUCCCACGCCAAUGUGGGCGCCCUGGACCUGCCCUCCCUGGGCUACACCUUGAUCUACUCCUGCCAGAGCGGCUUCUACCUCACCGGGGGCUCCGAGCACCGCACCUGCAAAGCCGACGGCAGCUGGACAGGGAAACCCCCCAUCUGCAUGGCCGACGUCCGUCCCAGCGGGAGGCCCGUGGGCACCGCGCGGGAGCCGCCGCUCGCCAAGGUCUCAGUGCCUGCGGAUGUGUUCGCAAGGAACUCCCUGUGGAAAGGCUCCUACGAGUACAUGGGGAAGAAGCAGCCAGCCAUGCUCUCUGUCACCAGCUUUGACCCUGCCACCAGCAAGGUCAACGCCACCUUGAUCGACCACAGCGGGGUGGAGCUCCAGGUGUCGGGGAUUUACAAGAAAGAAGACGUGCAUCUGCUGCUCCAGGUGUACCAGAUCAUGGGGCCGCUGGAGAGCUUUGCCAACAAGUUCAGGAAUGACAAGUGGGCUCUGGAUGGACACGUCUCGUCGGAGUCCUCGAGCGGCACCUUCGUGUACCAGGGCUUUGUGCGUGGCAAAGGCUUCGGGCAGUUUGGCCUCCAGAGACUUGACAUCAGCAUGAUGGAAAACGACCCCGAAUCCAUAGGCCACCACUUUGCAUCCAACAGCAGCUCAGUGGCAGCCGCCAUCCUUGUGCCUUUCAUCGCCCUGAUUAUUGCAGGGUUUGUGCUUUAUCUCUACAAACACAGGAGGAGACCCAAAGUCCCGUUCAACGGCUACGCCGGCCACGAGAACACCAACGUGAGGGGCACCUUCGAGAACCCCAUGUACGACCGGAACCUGCAGCCCUCGGACAUCGUGGCGGGCGAGGCCGAGUUCACCGUGAGCACGGUGUGCACGGCCGUAUAGCGCCGUGCCCGCGCGAUUCCCGUGGCCGGUGUCCAGUGUGGAUGAUCGUCCCAGCUCACCAUCCAUCCAUCCCCUCCCCACCUCCCUGCUCCCGCCCCUGCCGAGGCUGCGGAGAAGCUGCUGGAAUUCCCCGGGGGCUGCUGGAUCCACCUCCUCCAUCCUGCCGGAUCUCCAAGCCAAAGGUUCUGCUCCGGCCCCGCUCCCACACCUCGGCAAGGCCUGGUGGUGGGAAGGCUUUCCCGAGCUGCUCCCGGCGCCCCUGGAAGGAGCUUCCCAAACUUUGGGAAGAGCUUGGGCGACAAAGAGGUCGUGCACAAGAUGCUGGAUUCGUGGAAAAACACCUGGAUGGGACAGGAUGAGGAUUUGCGUGUCUGGGUUUGGGUUUCUGGUUGGAUUUUCUACCCCAGGGCUUGGGCAGAGGAAAGGUUUUCAAUGGAGCUUUCCAAACCUUGGGAAGCUUUUUCCCUCUUCCCUGUGUUUGGUUUUCCUUUGGGCAUUCCUGGCUGGAUUUACAGAAAACACCUGGAUGGGACAAGAUGAGGAUUUGGGUUUUCUGCAUUUGGGUUUUUGGGUCAUUUCUUGGUUGGAUUUUUUACCC